GGAAGAGGAGCAGCCUGCCUGGUGGGCAGGGACCUGGGGCCAACUAGCAGCAAGAGGGGAGGGAGCCUCUGGAUGGAGCAUGGGUGGGGCCACAUAGGGCUGUUUGGGGAGGCACAGCCUUCCCCCACCUAUUAGACACGCUGCCCAUGGAAAAAUCCUGUAGUGCACCUGACUGCAUACAUCUAGGACACACUUGUAAACGGGACCAUGGAAAUACCAAAUAAAGCUGCUGAAUUUCCAAAUCCCACUUACCCUCCAGCUUAUGCAGGAAAUCAAGUUCCUCAUGGAUAUCCUCAGUACGCACCUCAAAUUUUCCAAAAUGCUCCAGAACAAGCUAAUUAUGCCUUCCAGGGUUACCCAGCAGGAGCUCCAUAUGGACCUGGGGUCCCUCCAGUCCAAAAUCAGCCUUCUGGGACCAGUGGGGCAGCUUGGAUGCCAGCACCUCCUCCCACUCUCAACUGUUCACCCGGAUUAGAAUACCUAAGUCAGAUUGACCAGAUAUUAGUUCAUCAGCAGAUUGAGCUUCUGGAAGUUCUUACUGGUUUUGAAACUAACAACAAAUAUGAAAUUAAAAACAGCUUGGGGCAAAGAGUAUAUUUUGCAGCAGAGGAAAAUGACUGUUGUACUCGAAAUUGUUGUGGACCAUCACGACCUUUCACCAUUAGGAUCAUUGACAAUAUGGGUCAAGAAGUGAUAACACUGCAGAGACCUCUCAGAUGCUCUGCAUGUUGUUGUCCUUGCUGCUUGCAAGAGCUUGAAGUUCAGGCCCCUCCAGGUACACCAGUUGGCUACAUAAAACAAAACUGGCAUCCCUGUCUGCCUAAAUUUACUAUUCAAAAUGAAGCAAAAAUUGAUGUAUUUAAAAUCAUUGGCCCAUGCGUUGUAUGCAGCUGUUGUGCGGAUAUUAAUUUUGAGGUGAAGUCGAUGGAUGAAAGUUCUGUAGUCGGAAGAAUUUCUAAGCAGUGGAGUGGAUUUGUGAGAGAGGCAUUUACAGAUGCUGAUAAUUUUGGAAUCCAGUUUCCACUGGAUCUUGAUGUUAAGAUGAAAGCUGUCAUGAUUGGUGCCUGCUUCCUCAUUGAUUUCAUGUUUUUUGAACAAACUGGGAAUAAGAACCAGCGAGCAGGAGUGUGGCAGUAGAAUCUAUUGUUGGGCUUAAAAUGUGCUUACAGAGAAAAGUUUCACACGGCUUUGUGCUCUUUUUCUAAAAUAUAUAUUUCAAAAAUCCAGUAUAUAUAGAACAUGUCUGGAUCUUUUGCUUAUUGCUAGUUUCUUUUGUAACUUAGGGUAUCUAUUGCCCUAUUUUAUUGUUUUGAUAUUGCAAAUACAAUUCUAUACCUCUGAUAUAAUAUAGAUUAGAUCUGUAUAAAUAAUGUGAAAUGUUUGUGAAUCUUCCCUGACUAGAAUAUGAACUGCAAAAAUGAUUUCUUUAUUCUUGUGAGCACUUUGUAGAAGAUCUUUUAUAGUACUGGGAGUAAUCCUCUGUCACUUGCACAAAACUACAGUUGAUCCUACAACAAGGGCAGAUUUUUUAAUACUUUGUCAAUGUUUUAUUUUUAAAUAUAUAUAUAAAAAAAUUCAGUUCUCUCUGUAAUGUCUAUAUAUUGUAUAUUAAACACUGUAAUCCUAUAUUUUGUUUAAUUAUGAUAAAAUAGAUAUUAGCAUUCAUAUUUUGAUGUUUAUAAUCUAUUUCAACUAUAUAUAUAUAUAUAUAUAUAUAUA